AUGAACAACAUGCUCAACUCGGUUCUACUGUCACUAAUCAUAGUCGCAAAUCAACGACGAUACAUUAAUGCUGCCUGUAAGUAUUUGUAAAAGUUUUAAAAUGCCUUAAAAUAGCCUAAAAAAGGUUUUUGACACUUUUUAAAAGUGGAAGUUGAGUGGAAGAUUUGUAAUGUAAUUUUCACUGAAAAUCUUCCACUCAAAAUCCAUUUUCAAAAUGUCUUAAAAUGGCUUAAAAAUGACUUUUUGACGCUUUUUAGAAGUGGAAGUUCCAUUCCUUCCAUUCCCUUUUUUGCCUAUUUAAACCCAAUUUUUUAAAUUUUUAGGUAACAAAAUUUAAAAACCAUUACUUCCAAGCCAUUUUGAUAAAAUAUUCAUAAAAAUUAGCUCAAUUUAAAAACUAUUAUGGUUGAUUUCAGCUCCCCCAUCCUUCAUCUCAGAGCCUCCGGCAACUGUUUGGUUUCAACCGAACGACGAUCUGACCGGUCGACAAACUAAAAUCGAAUUGCCUUGUACUGCCGAUGGGGAUCCUGAAACGUAGGUUUAUUCUUUUUAGGAUUUUUGCAAAGAUUUGGCUUUUUGACGUAAUGUCAAUAUUGAUUUUUUUGAAAUUUAUAAGUUUUUCUUGUUAUUUGGCCAUAAAAGUGUUUUAUCUUGUUUUAGAUUGUUGUUUUUAAGUUAAUUUCGUUAAAAAACAAAUUUUAAGACCUUGUUCAAUAUUUUAUUAAACUUUAAUAUUCAUUUUCACUCAAUUUCCGCAUUUUUCAAGCAAAAGAUCAUGGAUAAUAUCGGAUUUUCAGCUUUAAAUGGCAAAAAGACGAAGAAGACUUUGCGAUUAAUGGUGAACAUGUAAUAUGGACAAAACCAGAGCAAAGCGGAUCAAUUCAGUUCAAAAAUCCGACUUUUGAGGACGAAGGUUUCUAUCAAUGUUUUGUUUCGAACGCGUUUGGAACGGCCGUCUCGAAUCGAGUUCACGUCCGGAGGGGAUGUAAGUUUUCUUUGGUUUAAAUGUUUUGGGACUUUUAGGAAGAUUAUUUUUGGAUAUUUAUUGGAACAGGAAAACUGCAAAAACUUAAUUUACAUUUGUUAUUUUAAAUUUAGGAAGUCAAACAAAUUUUAGGUAACAAAUCUCAAAAAAAUUUGAAAUAACGACCAAGUUUUGUUUUAAGGAUGUUUUAAUUAAAAUGUCCGAAAAUACGUUUUUGACGUUUUUUUAAAAUUGAAUGUUUUUAGGUAACAAAAUUUCUUAAAAGUGCCAUUUUUGAUUAAAAAAUCAAGAGUUGUUACCUAAAAUCUAAUAAAAUUAUUUUUGAUAUUUUACAGCUUUAAAAAUAUAUUUUGUUACUUAAAAUGCUAUAAAAAUUAAUAAUUAAUUGUGAUUUGUUACCUAAAAAGAUAACAUUUAUGGUUUAUUACCUAAAAACCAACAAAAAACCGAUAUUAUCCUUAAAACACCCCAAAAAUUUUAAAAAUAACUCAAUAUUUUAGUUCUUCAACACUUUUCCGAACGUCCUCUUCGCACGCUACGAGUAAAAGAAGGUAAAUCCGUCUCAAUUCCGUGUGAAGCGCCUUCUGGAACGCCGAAACCCACCGUGAACUGGGUACUUCGUGAUCUUCAAGUCCAUUCAGUGCUGGAAUCGGUUGGGAAAAACAACAGAAUCUCGGUCGAUGAAGAUGGUACACUACAUUUCACGUACGUGGAAAGGAAGGAUUCUCAGAGUACGAGAAUCUACGAAUGUGCCGUGUCUUCACCAGUAAUGCGUGGUGAAUAUCGAGGUGGUGAUCGGGUUCAGUUGGUUGUGCUGCCUCAGAAAAGUAAGGUUUCGGAAUUGUAUUUGGUAAGGUAAGACGGUGGGCAUGGUAGGAUAAUUUAGUGUGGUUUAGGGCGGGGUAAUCUAGGGUAUGGCAAGAAAAUCUCUUUUUCAGACAUUCCAAUUCUGGAGCCCCACAUCCUCUACCGUUCCCCAGAACUAGUUCAAGUACGUGCAGGAGAAUCCCUCCGCUUAACCUGUAUAUACGGCGGUUACCCCUUCCCACGUCCUACUUGGUCCCGAAAAGAUGCACCAUUACCACUAAAUAGGUACCGAUCUGACCUGAGCGACGAAGGACGACGUCUGAUACUCGAAGACGUGCAUCCAGAGGACGCCGGCACUUACGUCUGCGAAAUGUACGGUGAAGAACAAGAGUUCCAGGUGGUGGUGGAAGCGGCACCAUUUUGGGAACAAGGUCGACCGGUCGAUGUUACAGUAGACGAAGGAGAAACCGCUGAUUUGAGGUGCAAUGCUCAUGGAGUACCACGGCCAUUGUUAAGGUGGUUCAUGAAUGGUGUGCCAUUACAUGAGCUGAGAGAUAAUAGUACUAGAAGGACCAUACUGGAAGAUGGGAAGUUGUUGAGGAUUCAUGAUGUUCGGCCGAACAUUGAUACUGGCGUGUAUCAAUGUAAUGCCUCGAAUCCUCUGGGAUUUGUUUUUGCUAAUGCUUAUAUCAACGUGUUGUGUAAGUUUUAGGCUUAAAAUUGGUUAAAAUUUGCUUUAAAAGGUCUAAAAGACAAGUUACGAAAGUGGAAGUUAAGUGGAAGAUUUGUAAUGUAUUUUGCGCUGAAAAUCUUCCAUUGAACUUCAAUUUUUGAAAUGUCUUACAAUGACCUAAAAAUGAGUUUUUGACACUUUUUAGGGGUGAAAGUUGAGUGGAAGAUUUGUAAUGUAUUUUGCACUGAAAAUCUUCCACCGAACUUCCACUUUUAAAAAGUGCUAAAAACGCAUUUUUAGGCCUUUUAAAGACGUUUUAAAAGUGGAAGUUUAGUGGAAGAUUUUCAGUGCAAAACACAUUACAAAUCUUCCACUCAACUUUCACUUCAAAAAUGCCAAAAGUGCUGUAACUUUAUUUACAAGUAACAAAAUGCUUAAAAAUAGCUAUAAAAAUGUCAUUUUUCAGCCCUACCACCAAAGUUCUUGUCUCCAGAACGUAAAAUCUGGCGUGUAGCCUUAGGACAGACCGUUGACUUCCCAUGUGAUGUCGUAGCAGCACCAAAAGCCGACAUACGAUGGGUUGAUGUGAAUGAUCAGACCAUUCCGACAGUCGAAGGAAAGCUGGAAAUUCUGGAGAAUUACACGAUGAGAAUCUACAAUGUUCAUGGUGAAGACGAAGGAGUAUAUUACUGUAACGUCAGCAACAAAUACGGUAUCAAUCGGGCUGAGAACACACUUGUGGUAUAUGGUGAGUGGUUUUGAUAUACUAUUAUGUUAUGCUUUGUAUUUACAGUACAAUGGGUUUUAGGUAUUGUAGGUAAUAUGCAUAGUAUGUUAGGUAGUCUGAGGAUUACGGUAGGUAUUGAGGUACUGUAAGUAACCUUUGAGGUACUGUAAGUAGCCUUUCAGGUACUGUAAGUAAAUCUUUGAGGUACUGUAAGUAACCUUUGAGGUACUGUAAGAAACUUUUGAGGUACUAUAAGCACCCUUUCAGGUACUGUAAGUAACCUUUGAGGUACUUUAAGUACUCUUUGAGGUACUAUAAGUAUCCUUUGAGGUACUGUAAGUACUCUUUGAGGUACUAUAAGUAUCUUUUGAGGUACUGUAAGUAACCUUUGAGGUACUGUAAAUAGUCUUUGACGUACUGUAAGUAGCAUUUCAGGAAUUAUAAGUGCCUUUUGACGUACUAUAAGUAUAUAAGUACCCUUUGAGAUACUGUAAGUACCCUUUGAGGUACUAUAAGUAUCUACCUAUACCUAAUUAUACCUCUCCUUUCCAGAUCCCAUGUACUUUGUGGAAGUCCCAAAGCCAACGAAGCUAGAAGUCGACGCCUUUGCCGAUGUAGAACUUCGUUGCCGUGCCAAAGCCGACAAACGCUUGAACAUCGACUACAUUUGGUCGAGAGAAGGCGAAAAGAUCAGAGAAGCGGCCGUGAUCGAGGAAGACGUCAGCGUACUACGGCUAGACAACGUCCGCGGCCGUGAUACUGGCUAUAUCAAAUGUACAGUAUCAACCGAAAUCGGCAAAAAGUCAUCCGGUAUCUAUUUGAUAGUACGUGACGUACCCGAACCACCAUCCGAAAUGUCAUUGACCUGCCAAGCCAACAGCGCCCUAAUCUCGUGGGAACGGCCCAAAGCUCACGGUAGCCCAAUCACCGACUACCGUAUCGAGUUCAAGACCAAUUUCGAGUACGAUCAAUGGAAAACGGCACUAUUAGUACCAAACAACAACAAAACCGAGUACGAAGCUCACGUCCAGCUCUCACCGUGGGUGGUGUACGACUUCAGAAUCGUCGCCAUCAACUUGUACGGUGAAAGCACGCCAGGCACGUCGAAUUCAGCACAUUGCGAGACCAGACCCAACAUACCGUUCUCGAAUCCACAGAACGUUAAGGUCUUCGGCACGGAGCCGGAUAAUUUGGUUAUCAGUUGGGAUCCAAUGCCAAAGUUUGAAUGGAAUGCACCUGGAUUAAAGUACUAUAUCAAGUACAGAAGGCAAAAGAAGGGCGCAGCUUGGAAGGAUUUUUAUGUGGAGGACCCGUUGGCUGUAAGAAACUGUUUACAAGGCUAAUAUGGUUGAAAUAAAAGUAGCGUGACACUUUUUUAGUUGAGCCAGAAGUAGGGGGGGGGGGGACAUUUUUUAUUUGACAAAUAAAUGAAAAGUGUCCCGCUACUUUUGGUUCAACCUCAAUCUGACAAAAAAUUCAAUUUCAGGCUAAAAAUGACGUUUUUAUAUCAAAAAAAGCAGUUUGAGGGAAGUGGAAGUAGAGUGGAAGAUUUUUAAUGUAAUUUGCACUGAAAAUCUUCCACUCAACUUCCAUUUUUAAAAUGUCUUGAAAUGGCUUAAAAAUGAGUUUUUGGCACUUUUUAAAAGUGGAAGUUGGGUGGAAGAUCUUCAGUGCAAAAUACAUUACAAUUCUUCCACCAAACUUCCACUUCCAAAAAGUAUGUCGCGAAGUUGCGAGUUAAGAAAUACAAAAACAUGUUUACAAAAAUAUAGAACCGGUCCAGAACAAAGAAGGUCUUUUUUAUUUUACAAAAACUGUUUAUAGUUAGGCCGAUUUGGCCAAAAAAUGAGAAGUCUCUAACCAACUAGACCGCGGAUCGGUCGUAUUUUAUAUUUUUGGAUAAAUAAAUAUUUUAUAUACUGUAACUAGCUAAUAAUACUAAUAUUUAUAAUAAUCUUAUGACAUGGGGGCUCAGCCGGUGAGCUAAAUUAUGAUUUAUCCUUAAGUACAGGAAAAUCAUAUCCUACUGUAGUAUUUAUCUGAUCUAUAAAUAAAUGACAGUUACUACCGUAUGGUAACAGUAAAUUACUGUAUCGAAACCUAUAUUAAGCUAAAUUACGUAUAUUUUACUGUCACAAAAACUCCUAUAAAUAACGGAGGUGACAGAAUAUUUCAAUAAUCUAGUGACUAGUGUAUUUUACUGUCCUAAGUAUUGUUGAUAUUAGCCCUCUAGGUGAAGGACAAAGAUUAGUCUACUUGUUAGACUAUUAUUCCCGAUUUCUUAAAGUUACGGUAUUAUAGUUAAGAAAAAUUUCUAAAAUUUUUGCUAUUCCGUAUUGUUGUUGUCAACCAGUGCAAAACUUCUGGACACUUGGCAAUAUCAAUUUUGUCGGGCUCAAUUUAUCCAAUCAAGAAUAUCAAAGGGACCUGGAUAUCUCACCGAUACAAUCAGGCUAGUUUACCGAUCCGCAGGUGAAAAUUGUUAAGAUUAGUUUUACUAUCUGUCUUACAACAGUUGGUUACAAACCGUCCUUUCUAAAUCUUCUUUGUUUUGAUUUAAGAUACCAAAAUCAUACUUUAAGCUUUUUUGUAUCUUUGUAUACAUAAUUUGCUUUAGUAAAUCAUAUUGUUGUUACUUUACAAAAAAAAUCCUUUUGUCUUUUGAAAUUGUACGUUAUUGUACUUUAAAGUAUUCUGAUUCUGUUCUGAUCGGAAAAGACAAAGAAUUAUACAACAAUAAUUAACAUAAGAUCUAAAAAAAGUGCUCAGUCCCGAGGGUUGACAAGAUGAUGUCAAGUAAAAUGAGUCGUUUAUACGCCAUUGAGCUAAAAUGCCAUUUAAGAAGUGCCAACAAUAUGCUUCAGAAGGCGGCGUCAUCUGAUGAACAACCUGGCAGAGAUGACAUGAAAAUGUCAAACUUCAAUCUCACAAUGGAAAAAAUAAAGAGCUGUCAAGAAAGUUGGGAAAAUCUUAUCAAAACAUUACCAAAAGAAGAUAAAGGAGAAGAGCAACAACAUUUUGAGGAGUUGCAUCUCAAGGUAGAUGCACUCUCGAUCCAAGUCAAUAACAUCAAACAACAAUUUGACAAUCAAUUCAAAAUAAAUGAACCACUUGUUCAAAAUAGAGUACGGACAAAGCAAAGACAAACUCAAGGAGUCCGCCAGUCAACGCUCGCUCCAACAUCAAAUACUCGAAAGAAAGAGGUAGUUGGAUGCAUCCUAUGCUCACGAAGUCACAAAGAAUAUAAUUGUGAUGGAUACAAAAGCAAAGAAGAAAGAUGGCUAAAAUUAAAAGCACUACAUAAGUGCAUUGGUUGUCUAAAGGAAGUUGCUCACAAAUGUUCGGUUGUGUGCAUAAUAUGCCACAAGAAAGGACAUAAUUCAAUUCUCUGCAAAAAGAACAAAUGCUACUCUAACUUACAAAAUUCAAAAAAGAACGUCACAAAAAGAUGCUUGAAUUUUGAAAGAAAAGAUGACAAAAAGGGGAAUUGUCUUCAAAAACUACAGUCAACUCCAAAAGCUUCUACAACAAUUAAAGUAGAAAAUCCUGUCAAAUAUAGGAGUAUUAAAAAAGAGUUGGCAAACGUGAAGAUGAAUAAAGCCAAAGACAGUACUGAAAAAACUGAAAGAUAAAAAAGAGUAAAAUUUUAUUUGAUUGACAGAACAUGGCUAACGCAUAACUCAAACCUUCCUAUGGCCCGAGUGUCGCGAAGUUGCGAGUUAAGAAAUACAAAAACAUGUUUACAAAAAUAUAGAACCGGUCCAGAACAAAGAAGGUCUUUUUUAUUUUACAAAAACUGUUUAUAGUUAGGCCGAUUUGGCCAAAAAAUGAGAAGUCUCUAACCAACUAGACCGCGGAUCGGUCGUAUUUUAUAUUUUUGGAUAAAUCAAUAUUUUAUAUACUGUAAUUUUAGCUAAUAAUACUAAUAUUCAUAAUAAUUUUAUGACAAGUAUCAAAAACGUGAUUUUAGUUCAUUUUAAGAUGUUUUGAAAAUGGAAUUUUAGUGGAAGAUUUUUAGUGCAAAUUACAUUACAAACCUUCCACUCAACUUCCACUUUUUAAAAUACCUUAAAAUAGCCUAAAAACACGUUUUCAAUACUUUUUAGAAGUGGAAGUUGGGUGGAAGAUUUGUAAUGUAUUUUGCACUGAAAAUCUUCCAUCUGACUUUCAUUUUUAAAAAGUUUUCGAAAAAUCUCUUUAACAGGUUUUUAAGCUUAUUUGUUAUCUAAAAAACCUCAAAUUUACCUGUUUUUUAAAAAAUCAUACCUAAAAUUCAAUUUUGUAACUUUUCAGAAUCACACAAUCCUUCGUGACAUGCCCACCUUCAAGCCGUUCGAAGUGCAAGUACGAGCGGUAAACGAAAAAGGACCUUCCUCAUUAGACCCCCAAAUCGUAGCCGGCUUCUCGGGCGAAGACAUCCCCCUAACACCACCAGCCAAUGUUACAGUAACCGAAGUGGCGGACUACGACCGAGCCACCAUCGGCUGGAACGCGGUGGAUCCGGCCACGUUACGAGGCUUCUUCAAAGGCUACAAAAUACUGUAUUGGGAGACUGGACACCCGGAUACUGUAAACGAGACUAAAGUUGGCCCGGAACGCCUGAAGGCAGAAAUUCAAGGGUUGAAGGCGAUGACAAACUAUACGGUAGAAGUUAGGGCUAUCAAUGCUAGACAUGAAAGUUCAUCUAGUUUGACGUCGAGCUUUGUCACGCCUGAAGGACGUGAGUUUUCAAAAAUGUUUGGUUUUUAUGCAGAAACUUUGGGGGCUACUCUAUUUAAGCCACCCACAUUAAUAGACACACCCACUACCUAUUAUGACCACCCAUUUAUUCAAAUUUGAGUUUUUACAAAUAAAAUUGUAAAAACAUUUCAAAUAAUGGAAGCGGUCGUUUUGUCGGGAUACGGCUUCGUCCAAGUUGAAUUGCAUCAGGUUUUCGUGGUCUUCUUUUGGGAUGUUUAGUGCCGGUUCAUACGUCGAUUCUAAAAUUACGUACUGAACUAUAUAGUGCUUCUGAUAAUGGGUGUGCUAACUAAGAAACGGGUGUGCUAACUAAGAAAUGGGUGUGCUAACUAAGAAAUGGGUGUGCUAACUAAGAAGUGGGUGUGCUAACUAAGAAGUGGGUGUGCUAACUAAGAAAUGGGUGUGCUAACUAAGAAAUGGGUGUGCUAACUAAGAAAAGAACUGAUACAGGACCGUCAACAAUAAUAAGUUAAAAGUAAUGUAACUUACAUAAAAUCUAUCGCCAAACACCUUCCGUUUACCCAGUUUCAUCGGCGAUCAACAAUUGGCACAAGCAGUUGACAUCUCGCGUAGACCAUGGUGUUGAAGAUACAUACGAGCUAGGUUCUGCGCUUAAACUCGUCCAUAUUUUGAAGAUAAAAUCUCCGGAGAUAUUCCAACGACCACUCGGUAGCACAAAAAAUUUUCAAAAUGAAAGAAGCACAACCGUGCUGGAAACCCGAUAAAAUAUUCAAAUUUGGGUGUGUCUAAUAAGGCCGAAAUUUGGGUGUCUUUAACAGGUUGUGUGGGUGGCUUAAAUAGAGUAGCGCCAAACUUUGUUUACAAAACUUAAAAUGGCAAAAACUUUGUUUACAAAACUUAAAAUGGCAAAAACUUUCUUUACAGAACUUGAAGUGGCAAAAUCUUUGUUUACAGACCUUGAAACGGCAAAAACUUUGUUUACAGAGCUUAAAAUGGCAAAAACUUUCUUUGCAGACAAAUUUUAAAAAAUUUUUGUAAUUUUAAAGUUUUUUAAGAUAAAACGUCGUUUUAGGACCAUCACAAGUCACAAAACUAAAGGUAACAGCAGUCGGAGCACAAUCAAUGUUGGCAACGUGGGACUUGCCAAAACAGCUCAAUGGUAACAUACGUGGAUAUUACGUGGCUUUUCAAAGUAAGUUUGACCGUCUAGGACAUCAGAAGCUGGUUUCCCUUCAUAAAUUUGAUAUUUCAACAAAUUUUUAAUCAAAAACAAGAUUUUGUUAUGGUUUUCCUUUGGUAUAAAAUGGGAACGCAGCCUGCAAUAUCCGGGCGCAUUCUGCGUUUUCUUUCGUUUGAUCUUGAAGCCUUUGAAGUUGAUUCUCUCUUUGAAUACAAGGAAUUAAGUGUAAAAUACGCAUUAUAAACUCUAGUUAUUCUAUUAAAUAUGUUUAACAACAUUUUCUUUCAGAUGCAUCAGCAAAAGACGAAAUUAGCGAGUCUUAUGUGAUCUAUUCGCAACGUUAUUACCUAGCUGAACAACUCUCACCGGAUACGCAAUAUAUAUUCUACGUUUGGGCUGAAACUAAUGGAGGAGAAGGUCCAAAUGUGUCCAGAUCUUUUAGAACAUUCGAAUUGAGACGUAAGUUUUGUUUCUUUUAGUUUUUAUUGUUUUAGGUUGAUCAGAGGGUUGAUGUUCAUAUUCGGUCGAUUUUGAAGAAGUUUAGGUAUAAACCUAAAGUUUUUUUUUGGGAGAAGAGAAAAUAUACAUUAAUUUGAGAUAUAAUUAAGUUUUAAAUAGUCUAAUCAAGUUUAAAGAUAUUUUUGGGGCUAAUUUAUCUGACAUUGUUGUAGAUCCGGACGCGCCAAAAUUCUCAGCGAUUCCAACGUCUUCAACCAGCUUUAAAAUAACUUGGCAUCCGAAUAAUGGAUCAGUUUGGUCAUUAUCAGGCACAACGUUUCAUUUAAAAUACGGAAUUGUUGGUAAGUUGCUGUUUUUGCAGAUUUUUGAUUUGAUACCUAGUGUAAUAUAAAAAAAUUGGAAUGUGCUUAGUUUUAAAGCUAAAAUUAGGUAAAUGGUGUCAGAGGGAUAGUAAAAUAAUAUUAUAGUUGUUAAGGUGUGUUAAAAUAUAUUAUUAACAGAUAUUAUUUUAGGUUCAACAGACUUCAAUAGAACAGAUGAAAUCGCGUUACCUACAAGAAACUUCCAGCUCGAUAAUCUUCUUCCCGAUGCCGAUUACUGGAUCAUAGGAGUAGCAAGAGAAAAUGAACGGCAAUCGGAGAGCGUGGAGUACCAGCUUCACACAAGUUCAGGCAUCAACCUAUCUCAUCUCAACACGGAAAACCUUCGAGAAGCAGCUUGGUUCAUCGUGAUAUUAAUAGUUCUGGCAGUAGCACUAUUCAUCCUAGUAUUAUGCUGUUGUUGUGCACAAUUCCGCGCACGAAAGUACAGUGUGAAGAAGAGAGAACGCCAGUUUGGCAAGGAGAAGGAUUCAGAUGAAUAUCGAAAGUUUUUGGAGUAUCAUCACUUAAAUGAUCGUGAUGAUCCGCCGACGAUCAGUGUGUCUUUAGCAGCGGAUUCGACGCUGGAUUCGAGGAAAAGGGCACCGUCAAUCGAGGAGAGUCAGAAGUCACACGGUUCGUUACAUUAUCCUGAAAGUGCACAGUUGUUACCAAGUAAGAGUUAG